GCUCGAAGCCGGAAACAACUUCCGUGCACCCGUGAACAAGGCGGGUCCCAUGGGCGCGAGCACCAGUUGCUUCGAGGCGUUUGCCCCACCGCAGAAGCCGAAGGGGAAGCUGGUCUUCAAGUACUUCGAUAUCGCAGGCCGCGGCGAGGUCAUCCGCCUCGCGCUGGUGUUGGGCGAGUAUGCCUUCCAAGACCACCGAAUCCGUAGUGACCAGUGGGAGGGCAAGGAGAAACAGGCGGCUCCCUACCAUCAGCUGCCAGUCCUGCUCAUCGAUGGCAAGCCUCUAGCGCAGACCAAGGCCAUCCUCAGGUACCUUGGGAAGGUGACUCCCUUCAGAGGUAAGUACCUGUACCCGUCUGACCCUUUGGUGGCGGCCAAGGUGGAUGAGGUCAUGGAUGCUUUCGAUGACCUGUGGAUCCUCCUUGCGCCGACAUACAGGAUUCAAAACCAGACGCAGAAGGAGCAGGCGCGGCAGCGGCUCUUCGCAGACGGGGAGGCCACUGUCAUGAUCGAGAUCUUCGAGAAGAUCUUGGAGUCCAGCUCCAACGGCUACGUGGUGCCCCAGGCGGGCCUCUCAGUGGCAGACCUCAUGUUCUAUGCCUUCCUCACGAACAUCCGCUCCGGCUUCGUGGAGGGUUUGGGGCCGUCGCUUUUCGAGCGCUUCCCGAGCAUUAUGAAGCACAAGGAGCUGAUUGCCAGCAUCCCGGAGGUGCAGAGGUACUACACCAAGCAAUGCAGCGCGGGGCUGCCCUUCUAUGAGGCAUUCCUGCCGGGCAAGUGAGAAUGCUGGAGGUGCAGUUUCGGGCGACUGCCCAGAUACUUCCGGGUCGUUUCAGCGUCGC